AGCUGAACACAUGGGGAAGCCAAGUCCCAGAGGAAUACACGAUGUGAUGUAGAUGUACAAUGUAUAUAUUCACUGUGAUCACAGGACAGGUGACAGUGUGACCAAGCGGCUCUGUGUCGAGGACGUGUCUAUCUUCAACAUUAGACCACUGACAGCGCUGAUGAAGGUCUUGACCAGUGGUCAUCCUAUUUGUACUUCUUGGAUUUGAUGCCUCUUGAUAACACCGGGAUUUUGUUGGUGUCACGAAGGUGCAUUCAGGUGUUGUGAUUCCGACUGACCCGUGUUCAGACUCUGGAGUUCCGGCCCUGAAAUAUAGAAUAUAAAUAGCGUAUAGAAAACAAAUAAAUUAAAUUUCGAUGUCAUCAUUGGAUGAACCUGUCCGGAACAUCAAAAAACAGCGGUGUCGUCAAGCAUCUGGGAACUGGUCAUCAUGAAGGACACCUUAAAGGAUGAGGCGACGCACUUCUCGGAAAACUGGUCGGGGCACGGCGUCAAUCGCAUUGCUAUAUCAAGUAACAUCAUCAAGAAACUUUUCUAUACAGCUGUGUUUCUCACCUGUGCCGUGCUAUGUGGUAUUCAGAUACACUCGUUGUUCAGCAGAUACUACUCAUACCCCGUCAACACAGUGAUAGAGGUGCUCCAUGCUCCCUUAGAGUUCCCUGCUGUUACCAUAUGCAACAAGAAUAUCGUAAAACUUUCAAAACUUUCUGAAGGAGGCUCGGUGUUGGAGCGAAUUGUGAACAAAUCGGAGGAAGCGUUAAAUAAUGGCGAGAUUUACGGAAGUGGAAGUGGUGAUUGGAGCGGCAGUGGUUCCGGAAGUGGAGAUUGGAGCGGGAGUGGUUCCGGAAGUGGAAGUGGUGAUGGGAGCGGGAGCGGAAGUGGUGAUGGGAGCGGGAGCGGAAGUGGUGAUGGGAGCGGGAGCGGUUCCGGAAAUGGAAGUGGUUCCGGAAGUGGUGAUGGGAGCGGAAGCGGUUCCGGAAGUGGUUCCGGAAGUGGUGAUGGGAGCGGGAGCGGUUCCGGAAGUGGUGAUGGGAGUGGGAGUAGUUCCGGAAGUGGUGAUGGGAGUGGGAGUGGUUCCGGAAGUGGUGAUGGUGAUUGGAGCGGCAGUGGUACUUAUAACGACUACAACGACAACUACAGCGGCGACCUCAGCGGCGACAACAGCGGCGAUUACAGCGGUGACCAAGAACCUGAUCUCUAUAACACGAGGAAAGUGGAGUCAUUCUACAGGCCCUCCGAGCUGCCGUGGCUGGAGGAGGGGAAGGAGACGGGGCAGUCGUCCACAGCCCACCAGAUCAGCAUGGCCCUGGUCAAGGUGAACAUGACCACGAGACUGACCAUGGGCCACCAGCUCCGGGAGAUGCUCCAGUCGUGCUCCAUCAACGGGGAAACCUGCGGCUCCAAGAACUUCUCGAUGUUCUACAAUAACUUAUACGGGAACUGUUACACAUUCAAUGGAUUCAAGACGGCUACUGGAAGACGCUCGUUUAAGUCGGGACCGUUGUUUGGAUUGAGUUUGGAACUUGUGAUCGAGCAAGACGAAUACAUAGGAUCUCUGUCGAGAACAGCCGGUGCCAGGCUGACGGUCCAUGAGCCGUACCAGUUUCCAUUUCCGGAAGACAACGGGAUCGACCUUUCCCCGGGAAAGGUCACAUCCGUCGGGCUACAAAUGAAAGUCGUGAAGAAGAAGGGACAUCCAUACAGUAAUUGCGUCAGAAGAGGGAAGAUCGCAUACAAGGGAAAGUACUCUGUGGAGGCAUGUCGGAAGACGUGUCUCCAGACAUCCAUCGUGAAGGGCUGCAACUGCACCGACACCCGGUUUUCGAACGCGGACGCGUUCGACGGCAGACCAUGUGACAACGAGGAGGACUAUAGGUGCAUCAACAGCGUCUACCAAGCCUAUGCCAGGACUGGCGAGGAAUGUGAGUGUCCACCUCCAUGCGAAUUGAAUGUUUAUCAACAAACCAUAUCUACUGCUGAUUUUCCCUCGUUUGCCAGUCGGGAUGAACUUCAGAGGCUGAUAACCAACAGGACCGAUCGGCUGAAUGAGAUACUGGGCACAAAAGAGAACAUCAGCAGGAACCUUCUGCAGGUGCAGGUCUUCUUCGAAACUCUCCAGUACGAGAAGAUCACAGAGAAGGGGGCAUACGCCUUUGAGAACUUGUUGUCGGACAUCGGAGGCCAGGCGGGACUAUUCGUAGGCUGCUCGGUGAUCACCCUUGUGGAGGUGGUGGAGUUCCUGGGAAACAUAUGCUGGCUCCUUGUCAGGAAGAUGGCCUCCAGAGAGAAGCCAAAGUCUUCGGGGAACAUCAUCAAAGUGGCGCCGAUUGAUUAGGUUUCCGAAUCACAUUCACAUGGCCACAUUGUUUGUGUUCAUUUUGUGUGUCGGUCAUCAAGUUAGAAAUACAUUAUUUAUUUACUUCGUGUAGUUUCGCCUUAAUAAACCCUAGAACAAUG